AUGUCUCCCUUAUUGCAGAAUGAACUAUUCUCUAAAUGGUCCUCAGCGUCUAUUUCAGCAAGACACAAGCUUCUUGCUAUCGGGCGACAAGAAGGAAUCGAAGAAGUAAAACGAAAGGGAAUUAUUAUUGACAGAGAAGUAUCACUUGGAACUUAUCUUAAGUUUUGUGAAGGAGAACCAAGAAUUGAUCAGUUGCGAGUUAUUGGUGAAGUAGAUGUUAUUGUGGAUACGAGAAGUGUCUAUCGUUCUGAUAUUUCAUCUCUUCAUGUUUCCACGCAAAAUUAUCUUCAAAGAACUGUAAAUGUUCCAGCCAAUACAAUUACUGGUGUCGGAUUUGGGGCAGGUCCUUGUAAUGACGCUAAUAUUCAAGACUAUCAAAUACCUAUUCCUACCAUCUUAUUUUUCAAUGGUGUUCCUGGCGAUAUUUCUGCUGGCGUACCUAAUAACUUCAACAUAGAUUUAUGGAAGUUGCAAGAUGUAAAUCUGAAUAGUUAG